UUUGACAGAAGAAGAAAUUAAGAUCCGACCGAAUCGAAAAACUUAUAUUUUUGUUGAAGUUGGUGCUGUAAUCCACCAAAAAUGCUAUCUAGGCCUCUUGUUUCAAGAGUUCUUCUACUACGAUCAUUGAAGAACUCUGCAGAUAAUGUAAAACAAGUUAAAAGAAAUGGGAGCCAUGGAGUAUGGUCCUACCGUGUGGUUCCACCCAUGCCCUCAAAGAGGGCUACAUUACUGGCUGAAGUACUUGGAGGAUUCGCUUGGUGGUGGAUCUUCUUCCAUAUUUUUACUGAACCUGAACAUGUUUAUGGUGAAUGGCCCUACAUUGAUCCCAGUACUUGGACCGAUGAAGAGUUAGGCAUACCUCCCGACAGCCAAGGAAGCCUCCCAAGGAUAAAUGUAUAAAUAAAACAUACUGCCUCUGAAUAGAAUAAUGAAACAUAAUUUAUAGCUUGAAAAAUUAUUGUUGUAA